UACCGGAAACCGAGUAUGAAGCACGUGAUUGGAAAUGGGGUAUGACGUGAGAACGUGUCAGGGCAAAUUGGGGCAAAAUGCAUAUGUGAGCACGUGACAGCAUACGUGGGGUAAAAAGAAUAAGGAUUGAGAGCAUGUCCGGAUUUCAGCAUCUGUCUUUAAACCAGAAGAAGCAGCUUGCCGCGGACAUCACUCGGGUGCUUUCUCUCUACGGCUUCAUCGCAGAUUCUUAUGUUAUAGAGUUUUUCAGUGAUAAUCUUUGGGCGACGUUGCCACAGUCGUGGAGGCUAGCAUUGUCCGACCUGCCUUCUCCGCAGUUAGCAGAUCAGCUGCUGUCCAAUAUUAAGAAUGUCUGCUAUAGGUCGGUUUGGCCUCUAAGUCUACUGGCACUCAAGGCAACAGCCCAUGCCUUGAGUUUCCCGCGCACCCUGUCACACGAAGUUGGGGACGUGAACAGUAAAACGCCAAAGGAAUUCCUUGAAAAUCAUUGCCAGAGCUCAAUGUUGGACCCUCUGUUCAGGAAGCACGUGAAGCCAAAAAAACAGCAUGAAAUUCGGCAACUUGGAAAGCUGGUAAAAAAGUUAAGCAACCUUACGGGCUGUGAUGAAGUGGUGGAUAUCGGCUCUGGCCAGGGUCACCUGUCACGCUUUCUAGCAUUUGGCCAAGGCCUGUCUGUCACAGCAAUAGAAGCCGACAAGAAUCUGGUGGACAUGGCAAUGAAGUUCGAUCAGCAUCUGAUAUAUAUGCUGCAGAAAGAGCAAUCGAGAUUAACAAAGAACAAUGCUCACAAACUUACCGGCACCGUCUCAUCCAAACCACCCAAACACGUGUUCGCGUUUGUGGAUCCCAAGGCAUCAUGGGGAGAUCUUGUGACCAAGUUCAGAGAAGCUUCCUCAGUAGAAACAGAGGAACAUGGCGGAGUCCAGACAUCUCAUUUGGUGUCUCCAGAUGAUGGGCAAACUUCUCAGAAUCAAGUCAUCGCCACUGUUGACUCGGAGAGCAACCAGCAAGAGCUCGGCACCUCACAAAAAACCUGUCCCCAUAAUGAUGUCACUUUGAGAGAAGACUUGUGUCCUUGUGAUGCUCUUAACACGGCGAACCAGUGGCAAUUCACUCAUACUAACAAGUUUGUGCUGACAGGACUCCAUGCAUGUGGUGACCUCAGCGUGGCCACUCUACGACACUUUGUGCGGUGUCCCAAUGUCGUGGGUGUCACUUCAGUCGCUUGUUGUUACAUGAAACUAACCACGUGUGAAUUACCAAAUCCUCCCGGAGUCCUGUUUGCCUCUAACACCAGUGACAUUGCGGAUACAAACACACAGUACGGGUACCCCUUGAGCUCUUGGGUGUCUCAGCUUCAGGGUCACAAGUUGUCUUACAAAGCCCGAGAGGUGGCCUGCCAUGCAAUAGAAGACUAUACGGAGAGACUUAGAGGUGAAAGCACGAUUCUACGCACUCACUGCUAUAGAGCUGUGCUAGAGACUCUCAUUCGCAGUGUAGACCCAAACAUGAAACGAGCAGGCGUCCAAACGAUCAAAAAGGCCCAUGAGCUUUCCUUCAAAGAAUAUGCCAAAAGGGGGCUGAAAAAAAUAGGGCUGGACCCCUGUGCACCCCUAUGUGAGUCGUCCGUGGAAAGGAUGCUGUCCCAGCAGCAGAAUGUGGUGGCCUUCUUUAGUCUUGCCCUGCUGCUGGCACCGUUAGUGGAAACGCUUAUACUGUUGGACAGAAUGAUCUUUGUGCACGAGGCAGGAUUUCACUGUGAUCUCAUCCCAUUAUUUAAACCUCAGUUUUCCCCGAGGAAUCUUGUGCUGGUUGCUGCUAAGACGAAAGCUCAUGCCGGAAGUCUUAUAGAGGAAAUUAAGACAAUUCUGUAGCGAAUCCAGAACACUGCUUUUUACAAAACUCCCUCAACGUGGAUAGGUUACAGCUGUGUGAUGUUUUUUUAACAAAGAAAAAUAAAGUUAAACCAUUCUUUUUAAUACAGAA